UUGGAGUUAAGAAAAUGAACCACUUCUAGAUCUGGCAAAGCAAAAUGCUGAUCCUAAGAAAGAAACCAGCACACCCGUGUUUCAGAAGAAACUCAAGCGACCAACUGUGCCAUCUCCCUUUACUCCUAUGCCUAAUUAUGAUGACAUGGUCACACCAGAAUUAAAGAGAGCAGUGCAAAAAUAUGGGGUACGACCAAACAUGGCAAAGAAACGUAUGAGAACCCUUCUAACCCAUAUAUACAAGGAAACUCACCAAUAUGAAACUGACACAGACUGUGAAAUGAGCUUCCACAACGAAAAAUCAGAUGACGUAGGUAUUCCUGCAAAGGCUGUUGGACCUGAUAGUGGUGAUACCAGUGAUGGCCUACCAAACAUAGAUGCCACCAAAGAGCCUAAAGGGAUAAAGAGGGGACCAAGGGGUCCAAGAAAAACCAAACAGUUGGCAGCUUCUGUAUCUGGGACUGAAAGAAAGGUGGCAGCACCUAAGAAAAGCACAAAUAAAGUUGAAGUAAAUUCCUCCCCAGAUGGCACUCUUUCAAGACAAACCCAGAUAAGUGCUACUAGAGCAAAGUCUGUUGUUCCUGAGAGUAGGACCAAGGCACAUGAAAUCUCCAGUGAGGAAGAAGAGAGUUUUAGCACACAGGAGGAAAGUGAAGAAGAGAGAUUGGAGGAAGCUUUGCUGGAAGAAACUAUUAUGCCAGAAGAAGAUGAAGAUAUUACACCUUCUCAGCAGGUUUCAUCUGCAGACCUUCACUCCAAACUAAUGAGUUUUAUUCUGUCUGAUAAGCAACUUCACUCGAAGAUUUUACACUAUGAGCCUCUUGAGCUGGGAGAUUUACAGGAUGCCAUUAAUGCAGCAGGUAUCAGAUGUGGACAGCAAAAACUGAUGGAAUUUCUGGAUGAAAAGUGCAUCACAUUUACCAUGAGAAAGCUUCAAAAAGGUGACAGAAGAAAAAAGCAGACAAAGAAAAAAGACAAAAGUGUCAAAUCAACACAAAAUAAUGAAUAAUGCAGGGCCCAUUAAUAUGAAGGAGAGAAUUAAGCAAAGCAGUGGCAAAAAAAAAAAAAA